GGCGCCGGCAGUCCCACCGGCAGUCCCAGCAACCGUCUGUUGCCAUGCUUUUCGCGAGAGCCCGCGCCGCGCCUGCGAGACGAGCAGCGCUGCGGCGCGCCUUCUCCGCCAUGCCAGAGUUCAAGUACGCGGACCUCUUCCAGUCGACCAAGCCGCUGCCGUACGAGCUGAGGAAGGUGCCGUGUUCCGAUGGCAGCGACUCGUCGGCUCUCGUCAGCACGAUGGAGGUGGGCGGCAAGAAGGUGCUCAAUGUGGAGCCGGAGGCGCUCCGGCUGCUCGCUGCGACGGCGAUGACCGACAUCGCCCACCUGCUGCGACCCAGCCACCUGCAACAGCUGUCGAAUAUCCUCAAAGACAAAGAGGCGACAGACAACGACCGAUUCGUCGCGCUGCAGCUGCUGAAGAAUGCCAACGUGGCGGCGGGCCGUGUACUGCCCGGCUGCCAGGACACAGGCACCGCCAUCGUCCAGGGCAAGCGCGGCCAGUACGUUUGGACCGACGGGGAGGACGAGGCGGCGCUGGCGAGGGGCGUGUUUGACACCUACACGGGCACGAACCUGCGCUACUCGCAGGUGGCGCCGCUGGACAUGUACUCGGAGGCGAACACGAAGAACAACCUCCCCGCACAGAUCGAGCUCUACGCGGCGCCGGGCGCCGAGUACAACUUCCACUUCAUGGCCAAGGGCGGCGGGUCGGCCAACAAGACCUUCCUCUUCCAGCAGACGAAGGCCCUCCUCAACGAGAAGAACCUGAUGGCCUUCCUCGAGGAGAAGAUCGCGACGCUCGGCACGGCGGCGUGCCCUCCGUACCACCUCGCGAUCGUGAUCGGCGGCUUGUCGGCGGAGAUGACGCUCAAGACCGUCAAGUACGCGUCGGCGAGGUACUACGACACGCUGCCGACAGAGGGCUCGACGAUGGGCAACGCCUUCCGCGACGUCGAGUUUGAGAAGAAGGUGCACGAGCUCACGCAGACGAUGGGGAUCGGCGCGCAGUUCGGCGGAAAGUACUUUUGCCACGACGUGCGGGUCGUGCGGCUGCCGCGGCACGGCGCGUCGUGCCCGGUUGGGAUCGGCGUCUCGUGCUCGGCCGACCGGCAGGCGGUGGCAAAGAUCAGCGAGGAGGGCGUGUUCCUCGAGAAGCUCGAGACGGAGCCCGCCAAGUACCUGCCGGAGGUCGACGUGUCGGGCAGCGGCGAGGCGGUCAAGAUCGACCUCAACCAGCCGAUGGAUGACAUCCUCAACAUCCUCACAAAGUACCCCACGAAGACGCUCGUCUCCCUCUCGGGCACGAUCGUCGUCGCCCGCGACAUUGCGCACGCCAAGAUCCAGGAGCGACUCGACAGCGGGGAAGGCAUGCCCCAGUACCUCAAGGACCACGCCGUCUACUACGCCGGCCCCGCAAAGACGCCCGACGGGAUGGCGUCCGGCUCGUUUGGCCCCACCACCGCCGGCCGGAUGGACUCGUACGUCGACUCGUUCCAGGCGGCCGGCGGUUCCAAGGUGAUGCUCGCCAAGGGGAACCGGUCCAAGGCGGUGACCAACGCGUGCAAGAAGCACGGCGGCUUCUACCUCGGCUCGAUCGGAGGGCCGGCGGCGAUCCUCGCGCAGGACUCGAUCAAGAAGGUCGAGGUGCUCGAGUACCCCGAGCUGGGCAUGGAGGCGAUCUGGAAGAUCGAGGUCGAGGACUUCCCCGCCUUCAUCGUCGUCGACGACAAGGGCAACGACUUCUUCGCAAAGUGGUCCGUCUGAGGCCCGCUGCCUCCCGCCGCCUACGGAAGGGCUGAUUGGUCGCGUGCCCGCGGAAGGGCUGAGGGCCCGGCGUGGGCAGCGCGGCUUUUCGCGGCUUUUCUCUUCGUGAGGCACUCACUCGGGAGGGUGGGGCCCUCGCCUGUUCGACCUCUCCGUGAUGCCCUCGGCGUGUGCGCGCUGCGAAGGUCCGGUGUGUGGCACGCAUGCGCGCGUCGGUCUGUGUGCGCAGUGCGCCGGAUCUCGGCGAUCGCUCCCAGGUUUUUCUUACAACUUGAUGCUUGAACGUCUU